AUGGAUAUCCUCUUUACCCCCCGUGGCCUUGGGGCUCGGCCUUCGUCAGCUAUGGGCGAUAUUGAAAGGAGGACCGCUAGCUUUCAGCGCAUGCUAGAGCUGGAAAAAACGCAAAAGACGGAGCGAUUGCAAAGCACCAGAACUUCUCCCCCGGCAUCCCCCCCGCCGCCUGAGCUCCAGGACCAUCCCUCUCUUCAGCUUCGUCGUGCCGAUCUGUCCCAGCAGCAAAACAACCUAAUGCUCAAGGCGGUACGUCGCAGCAUCGUCCUCCCUGCGCUCUCCAUCACCAUCCCACAACUAGCGGGUCACGGUAGGGAAGAUCUGCCGGAGGGGUCCGAGACCGAGACGGAAAGGGGGAGUGAAAGGGACGGCGAAGUCGAAACACCAACAGCCGUUGAGCCCUUGCAUAAGCAAGUCAAGUUCCUCGCGCCUGACGACGAAGACGACGACAUGUCAGAUCAAUCUUCAAUAUGCCAGUCGCCAAGCUGGGAGGGCUACGGGCAGAGGAAGAAAGAAAAGAAGAAAGAGGCGGAGCGACGGAGAAAAGAGAAGGAGCAAGCAGACAAAGAGGCCAAGGUAGCGAAGAAACGGUUUUCUUCGAGACUGAGCAAGUCGCCGCCGCCGUCGACAAUUAGUCGCAAUGCUGGUGUUGGGGCCUUGUCGAAUGCGGAACGUUCAAUGUCGGAUCCGUUGCUAAUCAGCCACAAUUUGCUGCUGGGAAGCCAAGUCCAUCCCCGACCGCCCCAAGACGUCGUGAGGGCCGCUUCAGCCGAUGAUUUGCAGCAAACAUGGCGCCACAGGCCCGGCGUAGCUGAGGUGCUAUCUGACUCUGAGACUAACUCCCGGCGCUCAAAUGGUAACCCCAAGACAGCUUGGGGGACUCGAGAAACUCGAGAGGAUCAACACUCCCCUACCAUCCCUAAACAUUUGUUGCCCGGUGAUGAUGGUGCAAAUUCGCAAAGGACACUACGCGAGUCUUACUAUACUAGUGUUGGGCCCGCUGGCGACCAAGUGGCCCCAACAGCAACGACAAAGCCGGAGCCUCGGUCUCCACGGGAGGCAUUUCCGCCUUCUGCUUCGAGGACCCCUUUGCUGCGGCACAUGUCAAUUUCUGGUCACAGCCGGAGCAACAGCCUUCUGCAAGGCGCGAGCAGGAUUUUCAGAGGACGUGAUGGGAAGAGCCAUGGAGACGCAGAGUCAUCCUCGACCUCGAGCCACUCGCAAGAUUCACAACAGGUCAGUCGUGAUGGUGCGGACAGAGGCCGCAAGAAGGAGGAUAGUUAUGUUCGUCGUCAAAGAGAGCAAAGCAGGGAGCGUGCUAUAGCUGGACUUGCAGACGACUAUUUGAUUGGCAACAUCAGCACCCACUCUUCGUCAACCAGAAGCAGCUCUCGCCAUACCCAGCAUACGAGAAGAUCCUCCUUGACCCAAGACGCAAAGGCGGUGGCAAUGAAGCUCGCAGGCUUCAGGUCAACGCCGGCAAAGGAAGAGCUCGUCGGAACCAAUGGCUCCGGCGGCCAGAACGAUUAUUUUAACUUUAUGGAGCGGUCAUAUUCAUCUUCUAAUUCCCGCCUUGAGGACCACCUUGGAACUUUGGCGACUACGCCCGGCAGUCCUCAGCAAGAUACCCGCCACGUCGUUGUCGAAGACCGGGUCUCCUCCUACGAGGCAGAGUUUCCCCAGGGUGGCUUCCCAGUACAGGAACGACCUGCAACCUCUCAUAGCUCUGUCAGCUCCAAGGGACCUUCAAUCGCCAGGUCAAUCCCCGGCAACCAUGGCAAGAAGGGCCGGAGUCUUAAAGAUGCGGCGAGGGCGGCUCUAAACAUGUCCAAAGGGGCGCUGCCUGCAGCAAACGCUUCUCGGCAGUCCGGAUCCGUUCCCCCCUAUCCCACACUCCGAACUCGCAUGCAGUCUCAGCCCAAUGUUUCUACCGUGAGCGAUAUACCUCUGGCUUCACAAGAACCUGGCUCAAUCGCCGCGCCCGCACUUCCCCCCAAGGCGGCGAGAGUUUUAGGAGAGUACAAUGCCGAGACGAUGCGGAGUAGCUCGAUACUACCACCGUCUUCCAACAUGGUUAAGUCCACAGAGGUAGACGCCCAAACCGGAAGCCGCAUAUCUGAGGGCUCAUCUUCGUCAUCUGCUUACGAGGAUGGAUCCCCUCUUCCGUCACCAGUAACAACCCCAGAUACUUCAAGGCCACAGUCGGCGAGAGGCAUCCCCUUGGCAACGGACGAUGCUUCAAAGGGCAAUACUGUAUCUAUAACGGCACAGGAUGACGAGAGAACACUUCGCCAGUCUUACGAGGCUUCCGAAGGCUCUGAUAUGUCAAUCACACCUCGUCUCCUCGACAACUCAGGGUCGCGGGAGAGCAUGGAGAUGGCAGACGAAGAUCGCUGGAGCAGGACUGCUCUACCGCUUGAAAUUGACUGCGACGAUGCACAGUCGUUCACGACUUCGGUCACCCAUAUUGACAGGGCUGAAUAUGCCAACACAGAACUCUCAGAGGCACCAGCGGUGUCGCAGCAAAGAGCAUCGAAGACGGAACGAUCAGAAACAACGGAAAAGGAAGAUACCCACGCUGAAUUUUGGCGCGCCACCGCAAGGCUCGUAAAGUCCUUGUCUAAUCCUGACUUCCGCGGCGGAUAUUCCGUAGGAAAUUUCACGCGUUCCGGGGGUUUACCUCCCAUCGAGCACCCUAUCUCGAUCCCCCCACGUUCAAAGAAGCGGGAACAAGCUGCUGCUGAUCGAUUGAAGCGGUUUGUGAGCGAGCAGCGUCAGGAGUCAAAAGAGAGGUCCGAGGCACAGUACGAAAAUCGGCGAGAUUCGAUGAAAAAGCCAAAUGAGUUGCUGGGGCAAGAGGUGGAGGCGAGAAACACGGAUGAGCGGCAGCAGACUAGCGUAGUAGAGGUUUCACAGAAUAUUAACCCGGGCCAUCUGGCAGAAGAUGCAGGAGGCGGGGAGGAGAAACGGGAGAAGCCCAAAAAGGGACAUCAAAAGGAGAGGAGGACAGAGGCUCCAGAAAAGGCCCCAGAGCAAGAGCCGACCAAAGACGGAAAGGAGGGCCAACUGGCUGAGCCUCAUCGGACCCUUGCCGAACUCCUCCCUCCGGCCUCGCUAACCCGCGCGUCGACGUCUAUCUCAGCAGUCUCGAAUAGCUCUACCCUCUUGUCUGCCAAGUUUAUGCCGCCAGUCGGUGGGUUCGUUCCAUCUACAGGAUCUGCCAGCAAUCCAAGUUUUGUGGACUUCCAGGAGCCUGCCAGGAUCACAACAAGUUCAAUUUUUGGCGCACCGUCUGCCCUCCAGAAUGCCGUUCCGUAUUCGGCAGUCCCUACGGCCGCCUCGAGGCCCCCGCUCCAGUCUCGGACUCAGUCAGUUCCAGCAGCACCUUUGGCAACGGUCUCGACAAUAUCACCGCCGACUGGUUCCUCAGCAAUCCGGCCUGUGGUAGCCACUCCCGUUUCAAUCCUCAAACAACCCACCCGCUCAACAUCGGACCCGACCGCGCCACCCUCAGCUGCUCGGCCCCACGUUCUCUCGGCGCUCCCCAAGCACAUGCAGUUACAGGCAGGCAUCUCGCCACUUGCUCGGCCGCCCCCGGCUACGACUGCCGAUCGGACCAUUGGCAAAAUGUUUGUUGAGUGCUGCAGCUGCAAGUUCUACCACGACAUGCCGUCUAAACUCUACGAGUGCAUGGCCAAGCCGGACAAGGUAGUCAAGGACCGUGCUCUAGGUAUUUCCGGGGCCAUCACUACCAUGGUCAAGUGCCCGUGGUGCCAGCACAAUAUGAGCACGAGCUGCUGCGCGGGAUAUAUGGCAGUGGUGGUUUUGAAAGAGAGGCUACAUUGA